GUUUUUACUACAAUUCCUUCGUUUGCUUGUUAGAACUGGAGUGCACUGAAUGACUUAUCAAGUUAUUUGUUAUUUUAAGAACGAAAUUAACUGCUGAAGUAGCAUUUUUACUAUCAGAUCCAACUCACAUUGAAGGAUCUCAUCUGAGUCGUAGGCAAUUAUCUUGAUGUCCAAGUGACCACCAUUUUAAUCCUACAGUGAUAUGGAAAAUAUUCAUGAUGAAUUGCUCAUCACCGAAUUUAUCCGAAUGAAGCUUCUUAUGUUAAAAUGACACCUUCAUCAUUUCAAUGUAUCACAGUAUUUCCAUGAAAUAGCGUACAAGAGUAAGUGUCCGAUACGUCAGUCUGACUCAGAUUUCGAAUAAAUCAGAAAGACCUUCGUCGCGGAGUGUUAAUUUGUUGGAGGUGCUAUUCUUGUGCUGGAGGUACUAAUAUUCUCUUAGCGAUGGUUUGUCAGUGAUGUCAGUGCAUACCAUUACAGCAGUCGAUGCUCAUGAGGCUGCGUUGUUUGGAUCAAGGAGAUGGAAUUGGGAUAAGCAAUGUGGGUUGAGAGAGGAGGGAAAGCCGAUUCCGCAAUUGGCGAGUUUGGGAGUUGGGUGGAAGAGAUUUUGGCGAGAUGGAUCAUCAAGGAGUAGCAGUAAACAUUCUGGUAUUCGUUUUCGGGCUUUUGGUGGCAAGCGAAGUGCCUUCUUUGGAACGAUUGACUUCAAUGGUAGAUGCGAACGGUGAUUGGCAUGUGGGUGCAAGGGGUGAAAGUGGAUACUAUUUGUGGAGGAUGGAGGGAAGAAGAAGGAAAAGGAUGAUGUGAAAAUCUGGCCAAUGCCUGUCGAAGUCGUGCUCGGCGACGGGAAGCUCUCGCUGGAAAGAAACACCAUAAUUGAUGUCGCAGACAACGCAUCUGUGCCGGACACGCUUGCAAAUGCCUUCGCACGAUACUAUGAUGUCAUCUUCACGCACCACACACAGCAGUCGAGGUCUUCGUUCCCUGCGCUUACGAAGCUCGUCGUCACCCUUGAUUCGCGAGAUGAAGAGCUGCAAUACGGAGUGGACGAGUCCUAUGCGCUGUACAUUCCUGAUUCAUCAGAUUUUAAUAUUGCAAACCUUCGCUGAUGGUUUUCAUUCUGUUGAUAUGACUUUUUUUUUUAAAAGCUUAAGUCUGACAUCUGCGCAACACUCUGCAGUCAAGUAAUAUCCUAUUACACUCAACCUAUAAUUUG